AUGAGUGUGUGUUCAUGUAUCCGCUUGUGUAAAUUCUCCUCUCAGAUUUAUCACCAGAAGCCGGAGAGAAUCAGAACUAUGUGUAAAGAGCUGAAGACCACAGUGCUGCGAAUAUUACCACAAACUACCAACGGACCAUCGAUACAACCUGAAGAGAAAGCAGAUGCAGACCAAAUCCUUCACUCCACAUUAAAGGCUUUAAAAGGAGGACAGGUGGUGGCUGUUCCAACCGACACGAUAUAUGGACUGGCUUGCCUGGCGCAGAGUUCCGAAGCCAUCAGGAGGGUGUAUGAUAUCAAGGGCAGAAAUGGCAAUAAACCUUUAGCUAUUUGUGUGGGAGAAGUAGAAGACAUAUAUAAGUACUGUAAAGUUGUGGUAAAAAAAGAACUGCUUGAAGAUCUCCUUCCUGGACCAGUCACACUGGUUCUUGAAAGGUCUGAAACACUCAACGCAGAUCUCAAUCCAUUCACCAAGCUUGUUGGCGUCCGCAUCCCAGAUCACACCUUCAUGAGACGCUUAUGUCAGAUGUGCGAAGAACCACUUGCUCUAACAAGCGCUAAUAUCAGUUCACAGACCAGCACUGUUGCAGUUGAUGAGUUUAAGGAACUUUGGCCAAGAUUGGCUGUUGUAGUAGAUGAUGGUACAAUUGCAGAUCAAAGUCGACUAGGCUCAACAGUGGUCGACCUAUCUGUACCUGGCAGAUAUAGCAUCAUAAGACCUGGAUGUGCCUUCUCAGCCACAGUUGCUUUACUCAGGGACAAAUAUGCAUUAUUGGAAGAUUCAUCUAGUUAAUGAGUUUAUAGCUCUCCACUGUUCCGCUCAGGCCAAAAUGCACAACCAGUGACUGAUGCAGCCAUCUGGAUUCUAAAUGAACUGAAAAUUCUGUGGAAACUUGCUAUGCUAAUGUACUGUAAUGCAGUUUGUAAGGCUCAUUCUUCUUUCUUUUAGUGACACAGGGGUUGUGUUUAGGAUUUAAACCAUAUGUCAGUUAAAGGUUAGACCUUGCUGAACACUCCGACUCCUUCUAAAAGUGGUCAUUUUAUUCAUCUUUAGAUUUAUUUUUUAAAGGGUCAGAAUUUAAUUAUAUUUUUAGGUAUUUAUAAAAAUGUUACUGUUAAUAAACGCUAAAGAUGCACUGCAGAUUUAAAUCUGAUUAGACUAUUCUAGGCACCUUAACCCACAAUAUCGUACCAGUUUCAAUACCUUCAUCUAAGAUGCAUCACAUGUGGAGUAAUUUGAACGUAAUUUUGAGCCACUCCACAUCACCCUUAUUUACAAAUCAUUUAAAUUUGAUGUUCCAAUUUCUAGUUAUUUCCAUGAAACAACUAUUUCUGUUUAGCAAAUUAUUAAGCAGGAUAUGCUGACCAGAGCUGAAAGUUGAUUAGAUCUAUUUAGAAGCCUUACAGUUGCAAACAAAUUGAACCUGGGGAAAAAUAAUAAAACGGCUCAUGAGCACCUGGCAGCAGAACCUUUUGGGAUUAUUAAAUAUAGGAAAAUACAUCAGGUAAUCCAACUUUAAAUGAGGUAUUUCAUAAUGUUUCUUAAGAUAAUACUCUGACACACUUCAUACAAAUGCUCAGACAAGAUGUAAUUGUAGAUAAAACUAGUUAAUAGAUAACCAACUAUAAAUACAUUUGAAUAAGAACAGUUUAUACUCAGGUUUUUACUGUUUAUUGUAAUCAUACAAAAUGAAAAUUUUUUGGGAAGCAUGUCUCGUAUCAGCUACAUCCUGUAAGAUGCAUAAAACAAAGUGUCAAAUGGUUUUCAGUUUUCAUAUAUUUUGGUUAUUGUGCAUAUUGGUAAAUUAUGUUUAAUAUAUGUACACUUGAUUUUUUUUAUUUUCCAAGAAAUAAAUCAAAAUAGAAGUUUAUUUGUUGUUUGUUUGUUUGUACGUUUGUACAUAUUUUGAUGGUG